UGCUGCUGCUGCUGCCGCCGCCGCCGCCGCCGCCGUUGCUACUGCUGCUGCUGCUACUGUUGCUUCUGCUUCUGCCCCUCAUCGAGGCGGGCGGGCCGGCGGGCAGACGGACGCUGGGACACAGAAAGACAGAAUCCUCAGACGAACAGACAGACGGCAGCCAGCCAGACUGACAGAAGGAGGGGGGAUUGGAGUGAAGGAGGGCGCAGACCCAGCUGCCGCUGCCACCGCUGACAGCAGCCGCUCAGCCCCUGGCCCAGUGGGCGAGCGCCCCUUACUCUACCCCUCCUCCGCCGGAGCCCCGCGCCCCCCUUGGUGCAAAAAUCAGUGGAUUAUUGGCCCCUGGUCUUCUAGCUCUCGGCAAUAUGAAGCUGCCAUCGUUUGUUCUUCAGCUACUUCUGGCUGCAGUGUUCUCUGCUUUGGUGAGUGGAGAGAGCCUAGAGCGAGCCCAGAGCCGGCUAUCAGAGAACUGGGGGACAGAGAACCCUGACUUACCCACUGGAUCUUCAAAUCAGCUACUUCAUUCACGGGCUAGCAGAACAGAAGUCCUGGACCUACAGAAAACCGAGCAUGACCUUGUUAGAGUUGCAUUCUCUACCAAACCACAAGCUCUGGUCACUCCAAGCAAGGAAGAAAAUGGGAAGAAGAGAAGAAAAGGCAAGGGAAUGGGACGGAAGAGAGACCCCUGUUUGAGGAAGUACAAAGACUUUUGCAUCCAUGGAGCAUGCAGAUAUGUGAAAGAACUCCGAAAGCCAUCCUGCCACUGCCAAACAGGAUAUCAUGGAGAGCGGUGCCAUGGACUGACUCUUCCCGUGGAAAACCCCUUAUAUGGCUAUGACCACACAACAAUUUUGGCAGUGGUGGCGGUAGUGCUCUCUUCAGUCUGUCUCCUUAUCAUUGCUGGGCUGCUCAUGUUCAGGUACCAUAAGAGAGGAGUUUAUGAUGUAGAAAGUGAAGAGAAAGUUAAGCUGGGGACUCCUGGUGCCCAUUGAUGGAAAUCCUGAGUGUUUACGGUAUCAGCUGGGAUGUGCUACCUCCUGAGAAGACACAGACACAUAGCUGUAAACUUUGGCGACUGGAGGCAUUUCCCAAACAUCCAUGAAGAUGAAGAGACCUUCGUCCCAAGCUGAUGUCUCAACCAGGCCUCUACAACAAUUUCGUCAAAAUGCCAGAGCCUCCAAGUGCCAAGCAGAUUAUGUCAAAGGGAAUCUGGAAAGGAAAAAGGCUAAAAGAAAGAGACAAUGAUGUCCUUUCCCCCCUUCCCCCAAUAGAAGUUUGUUUAUGCAUUUAUCUUUUGGAUUUAAAAUGCCAGUAAAAUUCCAUAUGCUCUAAAAGUCUUUGACUGAAGAAGAAGGAAAGAUUUGUGGGCUUUAGAAUGAAGGAAAACAGGAAAAAAAAAAGAAGCACUAAAAAGCCAAGCACUACAGUAGUCACGGAGAAAUCUGCUUUUUGGACUCUCCAACUGUAUGUUUGAUGAGCUAACUGUGAAAGACUGCAAGCCCCAGAACAUUGAACUUUGGGACUUUACCUACAUAGAAAAAUAAUUUAACAGAUCUUUUUGUUUGUAAAAAAGAAAAAAAAAGCUUUUUAAAUUAUGUAUUUAUUUUAUUCUAUAUAUGUUAAUUUAUUUAGUUUUUAACAAUCUAACAAUAAUAUUUCAAGUGCCUAGACUGUUACUUCAGCAGCAAUUUCAUACCCUACCAUCUGGGUGACAAGAAAACCUCCUAUAUCCUCGCUUGUUCUUAGACAGCCGUAUAACUCGUCUGUGAUAAUAAUGUAUUAUUGUCUGUGACCAUUUCUGAUGAUAUUGCAUGGGCAGUAUGCCGCAGAGGGGACAGAAUUCUGCACAGUCAGAAUCUAUAUAUCUCGGGGCUCUAAAAAAUGCUCGAUCCACUCUGUGAGUUGGAUAGCGGUUUUGCCUACUGCUUUUUCUAUUGCUGUUUGUUUCGAAUACCAGGUGUGCUGAUGUUGCAAUGUAACAGACUUCAGCCUUGCCACUUGUUUUCUCUCUCUGAAAUCUCCCCAAGGCGCAGGCUCACGGGCUGGCUUGGUUAGCACUCCUGUGCCACGAAGAGAGUGGGAAAUCACUUUCUGUGUCAAUACAUUUCUAUUAUUCCAACAAUUCAUCUGGUGCUACUCCAUAUAUCGAGAGGUGAGGUCCUACAGACUAGGUGCUGAAUGGGUUAACAAAACGAAGAGGCUAGGAAAGAAUUAGACAGCCACAAAUUGGUGUGGAAGACAAACAGAAAAGUCAGAGUCUAUAGGUCUCUGUUGUCUGAAGCAGAUGUAUUGUGAGUGAGAAGGAAGGGUGGAUUUCUUUGUAAGCCUACCCCACCCAUCAAAAUUCCAGAACAAAGAGAACAAAAAAUAACAAAAAAAAAUUCUGCCGUUGUUAACUCCAGGAUAGUUUCUAGCAACUCUACUGAACUGUUACAUUCUAUUCUUCCAAAUCUGGUUCGUAUUUACACUCUACAACCCAAAUAAAAAUAACCUUUACUUGA